AUGGGAAAUACGUCCAAUGCCUCGGUGUUCAUCUCCACCUUAUCGGAGAGAGAAGACCUGAUUUUUGGCACACUCUAUUUAGUCUUUGGCAUCGUGUCCCUCUCUGGGAACUCGCUGCUCCUGCUGGUGGCCUAUCAGAAGAGGUCCAUGUUGAAGCCUGCCGAGUUCUUCAUUGUCAACCUGGCUAUCAGUGACCUGAGCAUGACAGUGACACUCUUCCCCUUGGCCACCUCCUCCUUCUUUGCACACAGGUGGCUGUUCAACCAGGCGGUGUGCACCCUCUACGCCUUCUGCGGGGUCUUGUUCGGGCUGUGCAGCCUCACCAGCCUGACGGUGCUCAGCACGGUUUGCUGCCUGAAGGUCUGUUACCCCGCAUAUGGCAACAAGUUCUCGCCCUGCCACGCCGGAGUGCUGGUGCUGUGCGUCUGGGCAUACGCCUUGAUGUUUGCCACAGCCCCCUUGGCCGAGUGGGGCAGCUACGGCCCCGAGCCCUAUGGGACAGCCUGCUGCAUCACAUGGAAAGCCUCGAGCAGGGAGGCCACGCUCUACAUCCUUGCCCUCUUCAUCUUCUGCUACCUUCUCCCCUGCCUUCUCAUCCUCGUCUCCUACUCGCUGAUCCUCUGGACGGUGCAGGUGUCCCGGAGAGCCGUCAGGCAGCACACGUCCCCCCGGCGCAGAGCCUGCAGCGUGCACAGCCUGGUCGUGAAGCUGAGCAUUGCCGUGUGCCUGGGGUUUCUGGCUGCCUGGACCCCUUACGCCAUCGUUGCCCUGUGGGCAGUCCUCGGCGACGCCAGCCAGGUGCCGGCACUGGCCUUCGUGCUGUCGGCUGUCUUUGCUAAGUCCUCGACACUCUACAACCCCCUAGUGUACCUGCUCUUCAAGCCCAACUUCCAGAAGUUCCUCUCCAAGGACGUGGUGCUCUUCCAGGCCAUCCGCACCAUCCUCUGCUGUGGCUGCCCGAGUGCUGCGCUCCAGCCCUUUCCGUCCCCGGGCUUCGGUGACCACCCUGGGGCUUGCAGAAACUGCGACGACACUUUUGAGUGUUUCAGUAACUACCCCAAGUGCUACAAGCUCCCCCGGGUGCCCGGCAGCUCGCCCCGGCGCGCUCCCCUGGCUAUCCUGGCCGAUGGAGCUGCUUGCCAGCCGGGGCUGAAGAGGACGGUGCAGGUGAUGGUGCUUGUCACACGGAAAAGGUCGGGCCUGGGCGCUGCAAAUGUGGCGGGAGAAGCCCUGCCAUCGGAUAUCAUGAAAGACCUUCUCUGA